CUGACGUACGGUGUUAUCGACAAAGUUGUAGUAUUAUUUUUUUAUAAUUAUUUAUUUUAGAACCAGUCUUUAGAACUAUGUCCAAAUGUAAUAAUUAUAAUCCUGACAAUGUGUUUAAACGAUUCAAGGUUAUAGAGUUCCCGCCUUCCUUCGUUGGUCUUUCGACAAAACAAAUUCUCGAUGUGGAUGUGGAUCUCAGAAAAUCCGCUUAUCUCAAGACAAUGUGCGAAGGACGCCUUAUGGAGUUUGAUGAAGCGCGUCACAUCUCUGCAUCUCAUAGGGCAUUCAAUAUAGAACCUAGAAGUGAUUCCACUGUUGAAGUAACGUUUCAACCUAAAAAUGAAUGUGUAUCUAGAGCAAAACGCAAGAUGCAAAUUGACAAUAGAUUUGUAUUCGAUUUACGUUUGAUACAAGUCGAUGAAAUAAGAUGUUGUGAAAAUGAACUCCACGCUGAAAUUGGUCGAUAUUACAUAAGUGGCCAGUACGAAUAUUGCCAAGUAUCCCACUAUCCCAAAGUACUUAACUUUGGCCAUGUAGUUAUUAAUAGUAAAGUGACGAAGUACAUUCGUAUUCGAAACGAAUCGAGUUUGAUUGCUGCUAAAAUGUGGGUUGAGCGAGUGACGUGUUUUGAAGUUUCACCAAUGAAAUUUACGAUACCUCCAAACUCAUCAGUUAAGUUAACCAUAUCAGUCAAGCCGACUUGCUUAAAGGUUGCAAGGACUUUUAAUUUCAAAAUAAGAAAUCCUCACGACGAAUUGUUUGAAUCCAAUAGUGAAAAUGUAUCUGAUUUAGACGACGUUUCCAACGUUAUUGAUUAUGUAAUAACUAAUAAAAUUAAUAUAUCUUACGACAAAAUUCCAAAAGUGAUAGUGGUUGAGUCUUUGCACAAAUUAACAGAACAAGAACCUCGAUAUACUUACGUAAAUGAAGAAGUCGGAAUACAAAAGGAGCGAAGAGAAAAAGCCAAAAACUACAUUGAAGUCUGUAAAAUGGCAAGUGCAAAGAAAAUUAUCAAAGAAAAAUUCACAACUGGAAGAGAUCAUUGUUGCACAAAAAUAUUGAACAAUAUUCAAAAACUAGAUGCACAAUUCUGUCGUCAAACUAUUAUUAAAAUUACACCUUACGACUUAUUUAAUGUAUUGUUUUUCCCAUACUCUUUGGAUUUUGGAAAAGUUGCUGUAUCGACUUACGGAGAAAGUGGUUUAAAAAUUAAGAAUAACACAAAAUAUGAUAUAUCUAUAAAAAUGAUAGACGGUACCGGUGUUUUAUAUACUGAAAAUAAACUUGCAGAGGUUGUUAUUAGAUUGAAAUCAUCAGAAGAAACUACAUUAGCAAUCUUUUGCAAGGGCUUUAAACUAGGUGUAUGCGAAGGUACUAUUCAUUACAUAAUUGAUGAUAUUUACAGAGGAAAGCACUCGUACAGCAUGGAUGUAAGUAAUCCUUUGCUAAUGGUACAAGAAAAAUGCUUGAAGUUUGGAAUGGUCACUUCAGAAUGUUUUGUUACAUCGGUUCCCGUACGAAUAUUUAAUGAUUUCAACAUCACGGUCGACUUCAGUUGGGAAGAAGGAUCCCCAGAGGCUCCAUUUGAAAUAUUGCCAAUUUCUGGCUCCAUAGAAAGUCACAGUUGUAAGAUAUGUAUUGUUACAUACGUUUCUAAAUCAACAAAAUCAAAAAACCACGAAGUUAGUUUAAUUUCUAAAAGUAUAACCACUCAAUGUAUUCCGAUGGAAUUAAGCAUUGCAACACGCAAACUUUCUAUUAAGUUUUUACAGCAAUCUGUGAUAUUUAAAGAUAUUCCAUUAAACUUGGAGACAAUAGAAAAAGUUAAAUUAGAGAACUCAUCAAGAGAGAUCGCCUUAUUUCACGUUGUUGAACCCUUGAUUCCGGGUGUAAAGAUUGAACCAAUGAGUGGCAUUAUUCGACCAAAAAUGAUCAUGACUUUCGAUAUCAUAAUUAAAAUAUCAUGCGUUUUGGAAUUUGCUUUUGAUAUUUUUAUUAGAAUCAACAAUAAAGAGAAUGUUGUGUUGCCAAUAAGUGGAAAUGUAGUGGAACCAAAAAUUGUUAUACAUCCUAAAAAUAUUUAUAUGGCGCGCAUUCCAUGCUAUAUGGUGACUUAUGUCCCAAUCACUAUCCAAAACUUUGGCCCUGUUAAAUCUGAAGUAGACGUUUUAGAUACUGGAGAUGAUAAUAUAUUUGAUGUUUACGUGGCAAUCGGAAAUGAAAAGCAAAGAGUGUUCAAAUUUUAUGUGGAAGCUGGACAAUCUAAAAUUGUGUUUAUCAAAGUAUGUGAUAUAUUUCGCAGAGAAUAUGAAAUGUAUAUUCCAUUUAAAAUAAAUGGACUAUUAGGACCUCCUAAUAACAAUUCUUGGUCCACAGAACUUCAUUACUACAUCGGCGAAUUCGAAAAGUGUUAUGAAAAUAACGUGAAAGUAAAGUUGAAAACUGUGAACAAAGACAUUAGUUACUGUCGCAUAACGGGUGUAAUUACCGUUCCAUGGAUAGCAUUUUCUGUUGAAAAAUUUGAACUGGAUUAUGUUCAACAUGGUAGAAAUGCGAUAAACUUUGAAAUGAUCAAUGUAUCAAAAUAUAGUUUAUUUGUAACAAUAAUAACAUCAAAGUUAGCGCCUUCUUUCUCUUUAGAGUUACUUUCGGAUCCUGAAGAGAACGGAUCACUAACCGUAACCGAAAAUAACAUAAAAUUUGAACUGGAUCAGGAGCAACAAGCAGAGUUUUGUUUGACAUUCCAUCCAAAAGGUCACGGAAAAUUUGUCACAACUGCCGUUUUGUAUUUGGAUAAACAUAUGACUAUACCUUAUUACAACUUAACGUUUGUUGGAAGGAGAGAAACGCCGCUGAUGACGCCCAGUGAGUACAGAAUAAUAUUCCCACCUUGUUAUGUUGGAACCGAAAUAACACGAAUUAUCACUAUCGAUAUGGAGGAGGAAUCUGACUUGGAUUCAUUUAACUGUUAUUUUAAAGAGGAUGCGAGUCUUAUUGUUGAAUUAGUUGACGUUCAAAUUAUUGAAAAAAAUGAAAUGCUGCAUACGAUCGUUACGGUUGAACUGAAAGUUUGCACUCAAGCGCCUUAUAUUGGAAAUGUGAUCGUUCAUUUUAAUCAUGAUUGUGGCUCAGUCUGUGAUGUUGAAGUCCAUUUUUGUGUCACAUAUUGUCUAAUCACCUUGCAUGCUAAUCACCUUGUUGAACCUGAGGACAAUCCCUACCCUUACUUUCCGUUGAGGAGCCAAGUUAAUCUUUAUGACUACUUAACGCAGUGUUCAAAAUUUUUGGAAAAAUGGAUGUUUCAACAAGGUUUUAGAAGAGAUUUGUACCCAGUCAUACCUGAUACAUUUCACGCAUUAUCGUCUACGUUGUCGACACAAUCUGGUACAAAGACAAAAGGCAUAAAUGUAUCUUACUUGAAUUUUGUCAGGAGGAUUGCAGGCCCUCUUAUGAAGCACGUACGAAAAAUAUCUGUUCAUGGUGUUGACGAAUCAUUUAAGUUUGUUAAAGAAAUUCAUGACACAUAUAGAGAAGUCAUUAAUUUAUUGAAAUCACGAGGUGCCAAUUUGUGGGUCUUACAAGCGAAAUACCUCUUGAGUUAUGAACAAUUCGUAACUUAUUCGGAAAAUGUUGCGCCAAAGUGCAAUGCAGACAUUGUAUUAACACAACAAUUGACAUCAGAUGUUGAACUUUUUAAAAGGUUAAAUAAGCAAAGUUGGCUCGACUUCAUCUUACAAAGUUACAAAGUUUUUGUCAUGGACAGUUGUUUCUUUGAAUGUGUUUGUGUUAGCACUCAACCCAGAGACAUAAUCAAAGUGUUAAUUGACUGGUUCAAUGAACAGAUAUUGAUUCAACAUCACAAACUUAUCAAAAAAAAGAAACCAGUAAAACUAAUCACCAAUAUAACAACAGACUUAUCAGAUGGCAUUGCCAUUGCGUCGGCCUUAACGAAUUAUUGCCCGUUUCUGAUGGAACAUUUUUCAUUAUUCUGUGAGGUGCAAGAUAAAAGUAUUGAGGGAGACAUUAUAAAUAACGCGUGCCUGAUUAUUGAAGCUAUGAACCUAUUGAAACUUUAUUUUCCACUAUCAACUAAAGACUUUUUUCAACCUAAUUAUUUACAAAUGCUGUUUUUGUCUAUACACCUUUAUGUAGUAUUGCCAAUGUUUAAAACAAAAGAUACGAUCAAGUUUCAGCCACCACUUUUAAGAAGUUCUUCACGCUUAAUCGCAAUAUGUCCCACAAGCCAGGAAUCGCUCAUAUUUAGUUUUAUGAUUCUUAACAACCAUAGAAACAAUUUUGUGGUUGAAAAGGCUCCUUCACAAGAUAAUGGAAAGAAGAUGUUUUUAAGCGUUAAAUAUACAGCUAAUUUUGUGUCUGAAGAAAGCUGCAUUCUCCUAGUGCAUGGUUACAAUAAAACUCGAAUCUUUGACACAUACAUUGUAUUUAUGCUACGUGGACAUGUCGGAGUGUUGAAUCCAGUUAGAAAAUGUAAAGUGACUGGACCAUUAUAUAGACCUAAUAGAGUUGAUAUUCUGUUGUCAUCACCAUUUCUAACGACGGCCAUAUUUCAAAUCCAAAUCACAGACGCGGAACCAUCAAUACCCGUAUAUUUUGAAGAAACACCCAAAUCUAGAUUUUACUUACGACGUUUAAAUUUAAUUGACAAAGAAAUAACUUUGAAUGGUGCACCAAAGGAACAACAAGAAAUAACAGACCAUAAACUGUAUUUGCAAAUGAUAUGUCUAAGUACCCAAGUAGGUAACUCAUGGAUUUGGUUUACGAGUGACAUUGGGCAGUUUUUUGUGAGAGUAACGACACAACCUCGUUGGGAUAUACCGAUAGACAGCUUGCAAGCAAAAGUACAAUCGUGGCCUAUGGACCCCUGCAGCUGCGGGGAGGCUUGCGAGUGCUACAGAACUACUGUACUCUUGAUACCGCACCGCAACGAGUUGAUGGUUAAAGCCAUGCGUUAUGCAUUACUCGAACAUGCAUCUGGCGCCAUGAUGCAAAUAUUUGAUCAAUUAAUUGAAACAACGACUGGCAAAAUAAUUCUCACUAUGCUAUUUGAAGAAGGAGGAACCACUAUGUCGGAUGUGAACCAUAUUCUUCGAAGCAGCAACUCGUUCAGGAUCAGCUCCCGCGCGUUGACGCCGCGCAUCGAGCGCGUCACACUGUCGCACCAUAGCAACGCGAUGUUGGCGCUCCCCGUCACUGUCCCGGCACAUGACAAGUUUGAGAAAUAUUCGAUUACGUUUACUUCUGAUUGUGGUAUGGAUAUUCGUACUUACAGAAUAUUCUUCAUUGAAUCCAGUGGAAACUUGACAUCCGAGACAAUGUUGUAGUGAUAUGUGAACUUGAAGAUAUUUUUUAAAUAUCGGGAUAUAGUUCAACAGAUUCGUCUACUAAAACAUGUUUCAGAUUUUUCGCCUUUUGUGGAUAUCAAAAUAAAACGGCUCAGCAUGUAAAUCCUGUUACCGAGUGCACGCUUGGCCGAUACAAAUAUUCGUUCGACAAGUUUGUCACAAAAUGCCAAUUCAUUUUUUUCGAUAAGUACUCGUUUCCACUUUUUUGAACAGCCAUUAAGUGGACGAUGACGCUUGUCUUUUUAUUGGUUACGAGAAACCAGUAAGUAAAACUGGAAGCUUACCGACUCGAAGUCUGUCGAAUGUCUGUAGAUCCUGCUUGUAAUCAAUUAAAAACAAGAUGUUGUGGGUAUGGCACGAUCCUCAAGCCACUGUUCCUAGUUAUUGUGAUUUUACUAUUUUUAAAUUUUGUUCAUAACUAUGUAAAUCAUUUACUUUUAUUUAUGCAUAUACGUGACUUCUUAAUAAUUUAGUUUUUUCCUUUAAUUUAUGUAAACGUUAUUCAAAAAUAAAUCGAUUAUCAUAUCGUUGAAACUAACUACAAUAAUUUUAAAUUGCGAUUUUUCUCGAAAGUAGGUAAUACCUACUAGCUUGUGCUAGCAACUUUACCUAUCUGGGUGCUUGAGAACUACUUCCUAUUCCUGUUAUUUUGUGAUUAUGAGCUAUAUUACUACCAAGUUUCAUCAAAACCGUCUAGUAGUUUACCGACUUUCGCGUUUUUAAUAACAUGGUACUAUUUUCAUG